UGGUUUCUUAGACUUUUGUAUUUCAUUGAUUGAAAAGACGUAAAAAGAAAACAACUACUAUCUGUACCACUAUAUCAUUUAAUAAAAGAAAUUUUAACACCAGAAAAGAGGGGACGACAUAGCCCAGUAAGGGUAAGACUCUACCCUUUAAGUUGAAUGAAUUAAAUAUUAUUAUAGACUUUUAUAUUUUUUCAUUUUGCUAUGUAUGAUGGAAAUUUUGUCAUGAAUCACAAUUGCCCUAUGGUCCAGCCUUAGAGAACUACUGCUCUAGGCUAAGCUACAGCAGACAGACUGCUAUUCAAGUUAGCACGAUGCCCCAAAUUGUAAGGGGCUGACAGUCCACCCAAUGUUUGAUCUACUCUGUAACAGAUUGUAUUUUCCACGAUGGGCACAUCUCACAUCCCACCUGUUCCUUACAGUGUGAUCAGGAUAUUCCUCACACAGAGAGGUGGGUCUCUGUUCUCUCCUCCUGAAUCUGGGCAGGCCUGGACUAUAGCGGAAGUAAUACUAUGUGAUUUCCAUAGUUUGUAAAAGAUCCUAAAAGGCCAGAUGUAGUUUCUGCUUAGCUCUCUUAAGAUGCUUGCUCCUGGAAACCAGCCUGUGGGUAGACCAUAUGGACAGGAACGGAGGCCUCUGCCCACAGCCCUGGCUGAGCUCCAGCCAGCAGCCAGCCCCAACUUGCCAGCGUGUGAAUGAGCCCUCUUGGAAGUGGAUCCUCCAGCCAAGCCACUGAAGCUGAUGCUGUAUGGAGCAGAGACAAGCCUUCCCUGCUGAGCCCUGCAAAACUCCUUCCCCGGGGUUUCAAUUGGGAACCGCUGGGCCUUGGAAGAAGCCACCACCCGUCUUGGUAGUUUGGAGAACUUGACUUGAGAGUGAUGCUCUAGUGACACGAGUGACGAGAGCAGGAUGCGAAGAUGACAAGGACCUGAAGACAGGUUGGUCUGUAGUUGUGAAAGUAUCAGUAAUAACUCACCUAUGAAUUCCUCAAGAAAGGACUGAAAAAGCACUCACAAAAAUGAACUCUUCCCUCUUGGGGAGAAUGCAAGGUAAUAGCAAACCUGAUUUCCUCUGUGGAAGGUCUGCUGACUACGUUUUAACUCAUGGAUAUUUUCCAAUGUUCAUAUGUUUCAUCAUUGUGUUUGGAGGAAUUCUGAAGUCCUUUAUAAAGAAUUCUGAAGUCACUAUCUUGACAGUUCUUUCUGUAACAGGAUUUUUGGUAGGAUAUCUGGCCUACAAUUUUAUUCAGAUGCACCAGGUUGUCUACCCUCUUCUAAGAACAUCAAGUUUCUCACUUUUUUGUUACGUUUCACCUUUAAUUGUAUUUAUGGGUGCCUUGGACGUGGACUUUCAUAUCCUCAGGAAUGUGCUUUGGCAGGUCUCAUUAACUGGCUUUAUUAGCUUCUCCACGGCGUUCAUCAUAGUUGGCUACGUGGUCUCCCAGUUCAAUAAGGAGUCGUGGGACCUGCAGUGCUGCGUGCUCUUCAGCAUGAUCCUCAGCAUGACGGAUCCUAUUCAUUCUGUGAAUUCGCUGAAAACUAUCGGCAUUUCCAAAAUGUAUACUGAUAUCAUUCGAGGAGAAGCCAUGAUCGUCUGUGGCUUCACAUGCAUGUUUUUAGGAAUUCUUCGGAACAACUUACCUCAGAUGUUCAUGUUUAGGGAGUUCCACAUAUUCAUGGAUAUAAUCUUCCAAAUUUUGGGAAGCAUAACCUUUGGAUAUUGGAGUGCAAAAAUCAUUCAGUACAUAUUGACAGAUCUAUUUAGCAACACGCUGACUAGCAUUAUUCUUUGCAUUUCCAUGGUGUACCUGACUUUCUACAUUGUGGAAUUUUUAAAAUUGUCAGGUAUAAUCGCUUUAAUCACUGUAGGACUGAAUUUAGAUUCCUUGAGCUUUAAACCGAGGAUGGAGUUAAUAAUUACUAAGUUCCUAGUAAUGCUUUCAACUGUAUUCCAACAAUUAAUAUACACUUUCUUUGGCAUUAUCCUUGGAUGUGGAGAAACCAACUAUUUUAAAUUUCACACUCUAACUUUCACGUUAGUCUUAUUUAUAACAUUGAAUUUUGUAAGACUGUUUACUAUUGUGUUAGUGAGCCCUAUUCUGAUGCGUUCGAGUUAUGAAUAUAACUGGAGAUGGGGAGUCGUGAUAGCAUGGUCUGGAAUCAAAGGCGUUUUUAGCUUGCUCAUGGCUCCUGAAAUUUAUAAUAUGGCUGAAAAUAAAUCAGUGUCACCAUAUACGUUUAUAUUUUAUGUGCAAGUAAUAUCGUUAAUGACCAUGGGAAUAAACUCGUACAUGAUGCUUCAUUUAGCCAGGAAAUUAGGUUUGUGUGCUAUUUCUCUUCCAAGACAGAUGGCGAUGCAAAAUGCCAUUAACCACAUACAGGAGAUAAUACAGAACACAAUAACCUUAUUUAAAACAGAGAAACUGUUGACAAAUGUUAAUUGGACCUUAGUAGAAGAAAAAUCAAGGAUUAAAUACAUAAUUCGUUCAGGUGAUGUGCAGUUUCACCACAUCAAACCUGGUGACAAAGAGCAGGAUUCCCUGACAGAUGAAGUUUUAAUAGAAGAAGCCAGACUGCAUGUAGCUAUAAUACAAAUGAGUAGCUUUGAAAAACAAUGUCAAGAUGGAAUCCUCGAUACAGAGGCAGCCCGGAUACUAAUUGGUGCAACCAAAAGCUAUUGCCCCGUGCAAGGAAAAUUCAUGAGUAUUCAUGAUGUCUCAACUUAUAUAAAAGCUAGAAGUUGGCUUAUAAAGUUUAAACACAUUUUAACUGCCUUGGAAUAUCGUAAAGAUAAGACACUUUUUAUUCCAUAUGGGAAUAAUGCAUUUCUGAUAUUUAUAUAUCACAUUGUAUUUUCAGAAGAAUUUGAAUAUACAGGACAUAUUAUAUCAGUAAUAUACAUUUAUCCUAUGUUAAUUCAUCUAUGGCCAAUGGCAAGAAAGUUAAAUGAGUUAUCUCUACUAUUAGUAGACUACUAUUUUCUAUUUUUAUAUGUCAUGAUGUCAGCAUUGAAGAUAAUCAUUUUGAAAAGGAAGUAUUUUCAUCAACACUGGAAUACUCUGGAGUUUAUCAUCCUGGUCAUGGGAAUUAUUGAUGUCUUUUGUAUCUACCUGGUGAAACUGAGGUCGGACAACCUCCUUCUUAUCCAGAUCACAGUCAUACUGGGGUAUUUAAGGAUAAUUAGAUUUGUUCCUCUCCUCAAGAUAUUAAUCCCAAUGCUGAUCAACGUUGCGGAUGUGCAAAUCAAGAGGCGCCUCAGCUUGAUGUACAGUAUCACCAAAGGCUAUGUCAAAAGUCAAGAGGAUGCCACAUUGUUGAUAAAACAGAUUUCUGGCCGAGAAUCAAUAUAUCAGAAAUUAUAUGAAAUUUUGGAAACCAACAAACGAGAUGCUGUCAAAGAACUAGGACUCAUAGAGCACGAGGGGCGUGACGUCGUCAUUGCCUUGAAGACCAGGCAGGCGAUCCAGACCGUGAUCGCGAAGUCCCUGAAACACCUCUCCUUCCUUUGCUCAAGAGGCAUUAUUGACAGGCACGAGGGCAUCGAGAUGAACAAGGUACUACUUUCAAAAAUAAAAGCACUGAAUAGAUUUCCAAUGGCAAUCCCACCCCCUACUCCUGACAAAUAUCUUCAUAAUAUCAUCUGGCUGGAAAAUAAAGAUGUUCUCAUUGAGUUCUUCAAGGAAAAAGCCAGACUUGCCUAUUUUGACUAUGGGGAUGUCAUUUGCAGAGAAGGUGAAAUGCCACAGGGAAUCUACCUAAUUAUUUCAGGAAUGGCCGUACUGCACAGUCCGCCCCCGACCUUCGGAAUCGACAGUAGCCUCAGGCGGGACAGUGAAUCCCACACCUUGUUCACGGAGUACUGUACUUGUGGGGACAUAAUCGGAGAGCUGAGUUGUCUGCUUAAGCGCGAAAUUGAAUAUACCGCCACCUGUGAGACCAUUUUACAGGCCUGUUUUAUCUCCCUGGAGGACUUGUAUGAGGGCUUUGAUGUCUUCUGGCCAUCCCUGGAAUACAAAAUAUGGCUAAAGCUUGCUCUCAACACUGCCUCUCAGUAUUUUGAGUCAGUUCUCAUCGAUAAGGAAUUAACAUUUGAGAAGUGUGUGGCAGUCAAUGUGGCAUAUGUGGAGACUGUAUCGAACUGUAACGAGAUGACUAUUGACAGGUCGACCAUGAAGUUGGUGAUUGUUGUGUAUGGCAGUGUGAUGGAUACAAAGACAGAGAAGCAGUACCUUGCGCCUUGCAUCUUACCUACAACCUGUGAGCAGGUCCAGGGAACUUCAGAUUUAAGUAAGUUACUGAUUAUCCAAGAAUCUGAGUCUGGCGAAAACACCACUAGUUCCAAGGUCAUAGACCCAGCCAGCAGUGGUCCUCAAGUGGCCAGCAGAGAGCACCACUGGAAGCGAAAAGAUGAGUUGGACACUGGAUCUCAUUAUAGAAAAGGACAUUAAUGGCACUAACCCGAUAUGUGAAGUCAGGUUAAAGACGGAGCCAAUAUCCUGGCUCAAGUGCGGAAGGAUUAUCUGACGAGAAGUUGAUAAAACAAUGUACUGCUGCAUUUAUUUUAUAAGCAAUUGAUUGGUUGUUGCAAAAGCUCCAGUUUUAAGUAGUUGCAUUAUACCUGAGCUGUUCAACAAUUCUCCAGGGUAAGAUGAUCUCAGAACUCAUGGCCUACCAAUAGAACCCUGCUCCAGGGGAGAGCAAGUCAUAGUAAAAUACAAGUUAUUAAAAGCAUUGUACAAUAUACUACCAUCUAAAGCACAGAAUCCAUAACUGUGAUUUGUGAUAUUGCUAUAAUUAGUGCUCCCCUAACAUUUUCCAGAGUAAAGUGAUUCCCCCCUCCCCAAUUUAGUGACUAUUGAUAACUGGAUGUGUGUUCCAUAAUCUUACUUACUGAAAGCCAAGUUGAGAAGUUAACAAUCUUACAUUGCAUAGUACUGUUUGAUACGAUUUUCAUUUUGUUUUUAAAAGUCAAAUAAAGUUGAGUUUGUGGUCUGUU